CGGGCGCGGAUAUUCGGCCACAUCCUCAACCCGAUGGGCAAGUGCUCGCCCCACAAGAUCCUCCGCAAGAAGCUCAUCGGCGACAAGGUCGCCCAGUGGUACCCCUACGACAUCAAGAACGACGACCCCUGCGUCCUCGCCCGCGAAGAGGAGUGGUUGGCUAAACUUGAAAUGUUGAAGCAUCAUGGAAAGGGUCCACCAAAGAAGGUUCAAGGAAAGUGUGCUGUGAAGCGCAAUAAAUGAUUGCACCAUCCUUUACUUUUUUUUCAAAAAAAAAGAAAAAAAGACAUGAAUCCUCCCAUUCAAACAUUGAAGGUCUAUAUUAGGUUUUCGUUCGAGAUUGCUGAUCGCAAGGAUCAAUUCUCAACAUAAUUACCCCUUUUUGUCUCAGCUGGUGUAGUGAAACCUUCAUGUCACUUUGUACUUUGAGAUGACAUUGGCAUUGAAUUGCAAUCAAACCUUCUCAUGCUUUGUGGUGUUUGAUCA